UUUCUAUCUUCUUGAUUAAUCAACUCACCAAGUUUCUACCUUUCCUAAACCUUAAUAAAGCCACUAGGCAUAAGUUUUAAGUUGAUAGAAUCACUGAUAAAAAGGAGGAAGAAAUCGAAUGGACCCCUGAAACCCUAGAAAACUCCUUUCAACAUUUUCUUCAGAAAGAUUAUAUUUUUCCCCACACAAAUCUUUUUAAAGUUUCAGUGUUGUUGGACUUAUACCAAACCCCAGUUAUGAAUUUCUCACCCCAGUCUUCUUCACUCUUUAGCUAAACAUGCCAAAACUUUGUCCAGACAAGGAAGAACAAAACAAAAAGAAGAAGAAGAACUUUCUUUCCUUUCCCAUCAAUCUUUCCAAGACUUCAUUUCUCAAAAAAAGCUUCUCAAAAUGGCUAAUAAAAAUCCCAUCUUUCUCUUUUUUCCCACUAUGUUGUUUCUGUUUAAUUUACCUUGUAUAACCCCCAAGUCCACUAUUGAGCCUUGCUCAACCUCAGAUUCUUGCAACUCUUUACUUGGCUACACUUUGUACACAGACCUCAAAGUCUCUGAGGUGGCUUCUCUCUUCCAAAUUGACCCAAUAUAUCUCCUCACAGCCAAUGCCAUUGACAUUUCUUACCCAGAUGUUGAGAACCACAUCCUCCCCUCUCAGCUCUUCCUCAAAAUCCCCAUUAUAUGUUCUUGUGUUGAUGGUAUUCGAAAAUCUGUUUCCACGCGUUACAAGACUAGGCCUUUGGACACUCUUUCGCUUAUUGCUGAUUCCAUUUAUGGGGGUCUUGUGUCUGCUGAUCAACUCAGAGAGGCUAAUAGUAAUUCUGUGUCUGAUCCCUCCCUGCUUGAUGUCGGUGAGACCCUUGUUGUUCCUUUGCCUUGUACUUGUUUUAAUGGCACUGAUAAUUAUUUGCCUGCUAUUUACAUGUCUUAUGUGGUGAGAACUGUGGAUACAUUGUCGAGUAUUGCAUCUAGGUAUUCAACUACCAUUACUGAUUUAAUGACUGUCAAUGCAAUGGGCGGUCCGGAUAUUAAGGAUGGUGAUAUUCUUGCUAUACCACUUUCAGCUUGUCCAUCUGACUUUCCAAGAUAUGCCUCGGAUUAUGCCCUGACGGUGCCAAAUGGAAGUUAUGCCAUAACUGCAGGCCAUUGUGUGCAAUGCAGUUGCGUCUCCGGGAGUAAGAAUUUAUACUGCAUGCCAGCUUCUUUGGCGGUUUCCUGUUCUAGCAUGCAAUGCAAAAACAGCAAUCUUAUGCUUGGAAACAUUACAAUGCAACAGAGUAGUGCUGGCUGCAAUGUUACUUCUUGUAAUUACGGGGGAUUUGUCAACGGAACCAUUAUCACUAUAUUGUCUGCAUCCCUGCAACCUCGAUGCCCAGGACCCCAAGUUUUUCCGCCACUUAUAGCUCCGCCUACUGUAGUUGGCCCAGACUCAUUAUUUUCUCCAGCACCUUCACCUAUUCAAUCUGCUGGUCCUGGAGCAACAAUACCAAAAACCGUGGUGCCUUCAACUGGGACAGUCCAAGGAUACCCUCCUGCAAAUGGCCCAACAGGAAGCUUCUCAGGUAGCAACUCUGGGUCGCCCUCUUUAGUGAAUAACUUUGCGCGUAUUCCGCUUGCAUUAGUAUUGGCUUUCUUUUUAUAUGCAGUGACAUCAUACUCAUUGUAACAUUGGUGAUUAAUUAUCACGUAAAAUGUGGAUAUUAUUUUGGUUCUCAGCGUAAACCCGAUUAUUGCAGCGCAUCUAGUAGUUUUUCCUUUGCA